CCGGAAGAGGCCUCUUAUUGGGGCUCUGGUGGCGGCGGCGGCGGACACUUGGGGUCUGGACGCAACGGCGGCGGGAGCAUGAACGCCCCUCCAGCCUUCGAGUCGUUCUUGCUCUUCGAGGGCGAGAAGAAGAUCACCAUUAACAAGGACACCAAGGUACCCAAUGCCUGUUUAUUCACCAUCAACAAAGAAGACCACACACUGGGAAACAUCAUUAAAUCACAACUCCUAAAGGACCCGCAAGUGCUAUUUGCUGGCUACAAAGUCCCCCACCCCUUGGAGCACAAGAUCAUCAUCCGAGUGCAAACCACGCCGGACUACAGCCCCCAGGAAGCCUUUACCAACGCCAUCACCGACCUCAUCAGUGAGCUGUCCCUGCUGGAGGAGCGCUUCCGGGUGAGGGCGGGGCCUGGAGGGGCAGACGGGGUGGGCUGGACACUGGCCCGUGUGCACAGGCCUGGGACAGCCCUGGCCUGUUUCUUCGGAGGUACUGGGGGAGAGGCAGUGGUGAUGGAAGAGCAGGGACUUCCACCACAGGCUCCAGGACAUGUGGACUGAGGGGCUGUGGAGUCUGGGCCUGUGGCUCCCGUCUGCCCCAUGGGACUUCUGUAGUGCUGCAGGGUCCCUCGGGUGCUGUGGGCCAGAUCGGGGUGGGGACCUACUGUCCUUUGGGGGUGCUCUUCUACGUCCCUUGUCGGUGAUUGGCAAGGCCUGGUCCUUCCAGGCCUCUGGGAGGCAGCUCACCCCAGGGUGGCCCACACCUGUUCCUGGCAGGGCGCC